GUAUCUUGUACAGCCUCAGAAGGACAGACUGCAAUAGCUAGAAGAAUAAGGACAGUCUAAAAUCUCUGGCAAGAUGAUCAAAUCCUUCAAGCAAACCUUCCUGUCCCUGGAUCUGCAGUCCCCUCGGUGGAGCUCAACAGAGACAAUGGCAAAGGAUUAUGAACUGCGUCAGUAUGAGACAGCAAAGUGGGUCAGCACAGUCAUUAGGGGAGAAACCCAGAAGGAGGCAAUGCGUCAGGGCUUCUGGAAACUCUUCCACUACAUCCAAGGGAAGAAUGAGAAAGAAAUGAAGAUUGACAUGACUGUGCCCGUGACAUGCCUGAUAAAAUCUGGCUGUGCAGACUUCAAGGUCUCUUUCUUUGUUCCAUUUGAACAUCAGGACUCCCCACCACAGCCCACUGACUCUGAUGUUUUUGUUGAAGAGAGGAAAGCAGCAGCUAUCUUUGUCCGGUCUUUUGGUGGAUUUGCCUCCCCAGAAAAAUAUGCUGAGGAAGCUGAAGUCUUGGCCAGAAUCUUAAAAAACAGAGGCCAAUCAUUCCAUGAAGACUUCUUCUAUACUGCGGGUUAUGACAGCCCCUUCAAGCUCUUUAACAGGCACAAUGAAGUGUGGUAUUUUAAAAAGUAAUACAAUGGGGGGGGGGGGGAAAUCAAGAGGCUACUAAUCAUCUCUGGAUGUAAAAAAACACCUUAUUAAUGCCUUUUGCUUUAGUGCAGAAGAGAUUUAAUUUCCACCUGGACACAAGAGCAUGCCUAAUUGUUUCUAGGAUGAAAUACUAUUCUUGCUAAAGAUCAGCUUUCUUCAAGAUACAACUUGAAUUCAGGUAGAUUGUAGGGAGUGGGACAUAUGACAAACCUAUUCCUCUUUAUUGAAAGGUUCUAGGGAACACCAGUAAUCUGAAAAUAUUCCUGCAGAACAGCUCAGAUGUUUAGUUCUACUUCUCAUUAGAAGUACUAUAGCAUUAGUUCACAUUACAGGGAAUGAGCUCUUCAUAGAGCUGACUUUUCUCACACUGGUAUCACUCCCGAGACAGCAGAAAUAUGAGGGAAGUUAAAUUAAUUUUUCCAGAGAAAGACCUCCUAUUAAGCAGCAAUACCUUAGCAGGCCUCAGUGCCUCACAAGCAGUGACUUUGUUUUAAAACUUUUCAGAGCAAAUACACGAACAGUGUUUAGUUAUCACGAAACAUGCUAAUUACUACUUUGAUUUAGCUUUGUCCAAAUCUUCGUUUGGUCAUGUCAACUGCAGUCUGCACACUAGGGUAUCUGACCCUUGAGACCCUUGUAGGACUAGCAUUCAAACUAGUUUAGACUCUGCUCUAUCUAAAGCAUUUGAAGCUUUUAUCAGGUAGCCAAGAGGUGUUUCACAAGAAGCUGUUCAUCAGAAAACAGUUCACAACAAUAGCUAGAGUUUAUGAAUUUUUAUUGGUACCAAUUCAUAUCAGUGAAACAUAAUCAGGGUGGUAAAAGAACUCUUGGGCUUUUUUAGUUCUGUUCAUGCAAGUGUAAGGCAUUAUUCUGCAAUCUUCCACCUAUUAAGACAGAUAGAAGAACCAUUAUAAGGCAUCAGAUCAGCAUAAUAAACUUGCUUGGAACAACUCAGACCUUAGAUUUUCAUCUCUGUUCAGUGAGAGAGUUCAAGCUAAGGUUAUCAUCAUUCGUUCCAGCAAAUAAAUCUCAUCAUUACUAGUUAUACUCACCUUCAGUUCUUCAUAGAGUAAUUUCAAAGUUGCCUCCUCACCUAGAGUGAGAAACCACAAUUAAAUCUUGCAGUAGCACAAGUCUAAAAGCUCCACAGCAACUUUGUAACCUCAGAGAAAAGUGGAACGGAGAAGUGUGAUAUCACAGUAAUUCAUUUGGCAGAAUCAAAUUUCAUCAGUGGCUACAAAUCUCCCCAUGAUUUUUUUAACAGAAUUCUUCUGCUGUGUGGUCUUACCCAAUGAGGCUGCAGAUGGCACGGUCCUUUCCUGAGAAAGAGACAAGUUGUUUCAGAAUAACAGACUUCACUAUAUGCAAGUUUAAUUAUCUAUGAAAUUCUACUCAAACUAACUUUACUCAGGAGGCUGCAUUUCAGGUGGCAACUGACAAGAACUUCAACUUAUAACACCCAAGUAGGAUAUACAAAGCUUACAAAUCCUAACUGAACUGGAAAUACAGAAUUAUUAUUGUAAGAACUGCAGGAAAGAACAAAGCUACUUGCUUGGGAUACUCUCUCCCCAUAGUUACUCAUUGAGUUUUGAUAUUUAAAAUAAAAGUCUCAUAGAAAUUA